AUGUCUAGUCACAUCAUCAAAAGAAAAGCGUAUCUCAUGGGCUUACCAUGCCCUGGCAGAUAUGUGAAAUCUAUCUUGCUGAAAGCCACCCCCAAUCCGAAAGAGGUCAUAGUGACAUUUGUGACAAGUGAGAUUCAGCUCACUUGUAUGCUGAUCGAUAACGCUCAGCUGUGGUCGAAAAACAUCGAUCAGUUGUCAUCUGCCCUUAUGCAAAGUCUUCGAGUCGUACCUCAGCUUAGAGGUACUGCACAGAUGCGAGUCACGCUUGGCUCAUUCAUCUUCGAGCAGUACCGCCGACCAAAGGACCACGAGAAUGGAUAUUCAUUCGACGAGUUUGGUGAUAUGCUAUCACAAGAAAUGACCAGAGGUCAUAUCACGUCGACAUUGGAACCUGAUCAGAUCAUUGACCAUAUCAACCGGGCGAGUCAUCUGUUUGUACUCGAAAACGGCCAAGGCCCAGUCUCCACAGCCUGUCGCUCCGUAAAGGUUGAGUUCGCUUCAAGAACCGGCACGUCACUACAUCUCGAGGUCGAAUUUCAGGCACACGGAGGACAAUAUGAGAAGGUUCGCACGUGUUGGGUCGAAACUGAAUUUGACAGAGCACGGCCUGAGAAAAGGCCCGUGUUGCAAGCGGUCAUGCUCAAUCCAGAAAGAGCUGAUUGGGAACUCAAAAUCAGGGAGAAAACGAUACUCAAUCCAGGUCAACUUAGUCCUUCCAUGCGUGACGUGCAAGCCAGUCUACAAUUCAACCAUGAUACACCUGGAAAUGCUCUGGUAACACCAGCCAAACAACACUGCAUGCUUCCUAGCAACGCACAGAUUUACCGUCUUAUCGAGAAAUCUACGAUGCAAUACCCCAUAAAAGAGACAGACUACGUUUUGGAAAUAGCUCGCUAUGAUAUUUAUUAUCCAAAGGUGUGUCCGAUACGUCAUAAUGCAGAUGCCAGUUCAUAUAUGGAGUUUAAAACUCCGACAUCAUUCACGGAAGCUGUUCUAUAUGGUCGAACUUGGGACACGAGACUGAAGAAUAUCAAUCAAGCCCGGGAUCUGAACUCCGUUCUUGCUGCCUUAUUCCAGCCAAGGCAACGGGAAACGCCUAGGGCCGCCUUCGAACGUUUUAUCAUGAUCACGACAAACGUCGCGGGGCUUUGGAAUCCUGCUGGCUUACAACCCAUGGUGUCUAUACCGCGACCAUCAUCACAGUCAUAUACAAGCAUGGCUCAACCGAGGCACGUUCCUGAAGGGAUCCUCAUUGAUCUGGACUGA